CCCCUCACCAUUCUACUAGCAAACCCUCAAUCAUCUCUCCCUGCCAUUUCCCUCAAGCCCCCAAAUCAGUCUCCACUCCGCUCCCAAAUCAGUCUCGUAUCUUUUCUUCACUCGAUCUCGGAACACUACCAUACAGCUCUCACGGUCUCGCUCGCACGAACCGCGCAGUCCCCGCCCCUGUUGCCUGAACCACCGCGUUAUCUCCAUUGCUGCUGAGUACUUCCAAACGGUAACUAGAAAAUAAUCCAUGUGUUCCAAAGAAAGUUGCAGGACUGAGCUCCGCACUGCGAUCCGUCAACUCAGUGAUCGUGGUCUUCACUCAGCCGCAAAAUGGGCAGCAGAACAGCUCGUGGGGAUUGAGCUAGAUCCAGCGAAAUUUACACCUUCGAACACCAGAUUCCAACGUGGAAGCUCGAGCAUUCGAAGAAGAUUCCGCACCAAUGAAAUCACUUCAACACCAGCCUACGGCAUGUCUUAUGUUUCUACUCCAGUGAUGGAGGAAGAUGAGGUGGUGGAUGGUGACUUCUACCUUUUAGCAAAGUCUUACUUUGACUGCCGAGAGUACAGAAGGGCUGCUCAUGUGCUUCAUGAUCAGAACGGAAAGAAAUCCAUGUUCCUUCGUUGUUAUGCCCUUUAUCUGGCUGGAGAAAAACGGAAAGAAGAAGAGAUGAUAGAACUUGAGGGGCCUUUGGGUAAGAGUGAUGCUGUGAACAGUGAAUUGGUUUCUCUGGACAGGGAGUUAUCAACACUUCGAAAGAAUGGCAUGAUUGAUCCUUUUGGUUUAUACUUGUACGGCCUUGUGCUUAAAGAAAAAGCAAACGAGAAUCUUGCUCGCACCAUUCUUGUGGAGUCAGUAAACAGCUACCCCUGGAACUGGAAUGCCUGGUCAGAGCUACUGUCUUUGUGCACUACAAUUGACAUACUAAACAGCCUUAAUCUCAAUAAUCAUUGGAUGAAGGAUUUCUUUCUUGCUGGUGCUUACCAAGAACUUAGGAUGCACAAUGAAUCUUUAGCAAAGUAUGAAUCUUUACAAGGCACCUUCAGUUUUAGUAACUACAUACAGGCUCAAAUUGCAAAAGCCCAGUACAGUCUGAGGGAAUUUGACCAAGUUGAAGUUAUAUUUGAAGAGCUUCUAAGAAAUGAUCCAUUUCGAGUUGAAGACAUGGAUAUGUACUCUAAUGUGCUCUAUGCAAAAGAGUGUUUCUCUGCCCUAAGUUACCUUGCUCACAGAGUGUUUAUGACUGAUAAAUACAGGCCUGAGUCUUGUUGCAUUAUUGGUAACUACUACAGCUUGAAGGGGAUGCAUGAAAAAUCGGUAGUGUACUUCCGGAGGGCACUCAAAUUAAACAAGAAGUAUUUGUCUGCCUGGACCCUUAUGGGCCAUGAGUAUGUUGAAAUGAAAAAUACACCAGCUGCAAUAGAUGCCUACCGACGGGCUGUAGACAUAAAUCCAUGUGAUUAUCGAGCCUGGUAUGGCUUAGGACAAACUUAUGAGAUGAUGUGCAUGCCUUUUUAUGCUCUUCAUUAUUUCCGAAAGUCUGUAUCCUUGCAGCCAAAUGAUUCUCGGUUAUGGAUUGCUAUGGCCCAAUGUUAUGAAACUGACCAGCUUCACAUGCUUGAGGAGGCAAUCAAGUGUUACAGAAGGGCAGCAAAUUGUAAUGACAGGGAAGCGAUUGCUCUGCACCAGCUAGCAAAGCUGCAUCAGAAACUUGGGCGCCAUGAAGAAGCAGCGUUUUACUAUGAGAAAGAUUUGGAAAGGAUGGAAGCUGAAGAGAGAGAAGGACCAAAUAUGUUUGAGGCUUUGGUUUUUCUUGCUACACACUGCAAAACACACAAGAGAUUUGAAGAAGCAGAGGUGUACUGUACCCGUCUUCUUGAUUAUACUGGUCCAGAGAAGGAAAAAGCAAAGAGCUUACUUCGAGCAAUUAGAAUGGCAAAAACCAGUGGUUUUCCAGUAAUGGAUGUGGAGCCUUUUCCUCCCUGAUCUGUCCAUGACUCGUGAAUAUAUUUUCAUCUUCAGCAAAUAUCUUCCCCAGUUUUGGCCUGAAAAAUUAAAUGGGAUAUCAUUGAGGAACACAUAAUUCGUCUUCAGUGAGCAUGUCUUUCCUAGUUUUGGCAUUUGGAGACAACCAAUGAAAAUCAUUGCAUGUGUGACAUUAUUGUUGCAAAGCUUUUCUCGGGCUCAACAAUGCAGAAGCCAUUUGUGUAUUUGGUAAGAUAGUUUUUUUUUGUUAUCAUCAGUGAUAGAGAUAACAUGGUUCUUGCAAGGGCACAUUCCAAUGUGAUUGUAGUGCAAAAGUUUCUGGGUUAGAUGUUAGUUGGUAGGAUAAUGGAGAUUUGGUUUUCAAUGGUUGUCUCGUAACAUCUCAACUUAGAAGUGAUAGCUGUAAGGAGAGUCCCGCUCGGUGCCAGGUAGAUAUGUAUGAAUAUGUGCAUGCAUCUUCCUUUUAAUAGUUUAGGUUAAAUGUUGUGGAGAUUAUGAAAUUCUAAGGACCUUCCCCAAGGUAAAUCCAUGGUGUUUUCGGUUGGA